AAUGGUAUUUUAUUUUAUUAUGGCUUAUGCCUGCAUUUUGUUUUCAAGGAAUUCUUCAGCAAGAUGUUUGUUAAAUUCGUGAUAAUCACUGCUGCCCUAAUCCUGGUCAACUGUCACGCGGUGGCUUCGGAAGGCAACGCGGUGCUGCCGGAGAACUUCGUGGCCGCCGCCCAGCGGUCCACGCACACCAACAACUGGGCGGUGCUGGUGGAUGCCUCGAGAUUCUGGUUCAACUACCGGCAUGUGGCCAAUGUGCUGUCCAUCUACCGCUCUGUAAAGCGACUGGGCAUCCCCGACUCCCAGAUCAUCCUAAUGAUUGCCGACGACAUGGCCUGCAAUGCAAGGAACCCGCGUCCUGGCCAGGUUUACAACAAUGCCAACCAGCACAUCAAUGUGUACGGCGACGAUGUGGAGGUGGAUUACCGCGGCUACGAGGUCACCGUGGAAAACUUUGUGCGCCUGCUAACGGGGCGCACCCAGAACGGUACCGCGCGCUCCAAAAAGCUCUUAUCGGACGCCGGUAGCAAUGUGCUUAUCUACCUCACUGGCCAUGGCGGCGAUGGCUUCCUCAAGUUCCAGGACUCGGAGGAGAUAACCAGCCAGGAGCUGGCCGACGGGAUACAGCAGAUGUGGGAGAAGAAGCGUUACAAUGAGCUGUUCUUCAUGGUGGACACUUGCCAAGCGGCUUCGUUGUACGAGAAAUUCACCUCGCCGAAUGUCCUGGCGGUGGCAAGUAGUCUAGUAGGCGAGGAUUCCUUGUCGCACCAUGUGGAUCCUUCGAUUGGCGUGUACAUGAUCGAUCGCUAUACCUACUACGCUUUGGAGUUCCUGGAGAAGGUGCAGCCGUUCAGCAAGAGGACCAUUGGGGAAUUUUUGCAAGUGUGCCCCAAGCGGGUGUGCAUUUCGACAGUGGGCGUGCGCAAGGAUCUGUACCGCCGAGAUCCGCACAAAGUGCCCAUCACCGAUUUCUUCGGAGCUAUACGACCGACACGGGUCUUCACCGACCGCAUCAACGUGACCCUGGCCAACGAAGACGAUUUCGUUGUGGACAAAGAUGAGCUGGUGGCCAAGAAACCCUUCAAAAUUGUGAUGGAGUCACAGUUUCCGUCCGAGCUUUUUAAAUAGACUGCACUGGCCAACGUUUAUAUGAUUCAUGUGAUAAUAUUAAUUUUAUUCGUAAAUACAUCAUUUCAUUAUUAA